AUGGGUCGCAUCGCCGGAAUUGAUCGCCGGUACUGUUUCGGAACCACAUCUUUCUUUGACAUCACAGGACGGAUGAUAGCAGCAUGCCUGCUCCUCAGCCCUACAUACGGUUUGCCCUCAUCCGCUGCUGCUGCGGUCCAUGACCCUGUUACCUAUUUGCAACCAGCAGAACAAUUGAAGAAAGCUCUGAAUGAGCUUUCACGAGUCAGCAAGCCGAUUAUCAAGCGAUAUGAGAAUGACCACAUCGUACUGGCCGAUUGUCGCGAUGCAAGUGAAGUUCUCUCUUCUCAAAUGGCCUACUACGAGGAUGGCCUCGAAGGGACUCCGAAGGAUGUCGCCAUCGUUGAUACUCCUUACGACCAGACCAGGGUCUGGGUCAACGCCAACACCUCAGCACAGUUCUCUACAACAGGAGUGUGGUUCAAUGCUUCGAUAGGACCCAAGGUUCCCGAGGGCCAAUUUGCUGGUGUUGGACGAAAUGACUAUGAGAACUUCACCUGUUGGCAAGAAUACCGAGCGAACCUUUAUGUAUAUGAUGGGACGCAGUGCCACGGGGUGUACGACUGUCGGCACCAGGCUAUUCCCGAGAAUGUGACGUGGGUGCCGCCGGGCGUCCAUCGAAAAGAGGACAAGAUGUCAAAAGGUACCAUCAUCGGCAUUGCCGUCGGCGUCGCUGGCGGCGUGCUCUUUCUGAUCGCUGCAGUCCUGGUAUUUUGGUAUUACCGAAGAUUACACAAGGGCAAAGAGGCCAGUAGUCAGGAUGAAGCACAGAACGCUGUUGACGACACUCAGGGAGACAAAGGCGCGCCGGUGCUGAUGGAUACGAACGCCAUCUGCGAGAUCGAUGGGCGGCGAUAUCGCGUCGAGAUGUCUGAUGAAACAGGCAAAGUGGAACUCGAUGCUCACGAGAAGGCCGAAUUACCUGGGGACUUCACCUUCAUCAGGCCAGCGGUAGCUGAUGGCGAAGACAGUGGCGGGAAAGGAAACAAGUUGGGGAAAACAGAAAGCGCGAAAUUACAACAGGAGAUUUCGGCAUCGCAGGGCGAGCCGGCAACCCCAUUGACUGCUUCGACACCCCUUGAUGAACCGCCGUCCUAUCAACAGACACAAGAGGAACAUCUGAAGAGACAGUGGGAACAGGAAGAACUCGCACAGCAAGAACAGGCUCUCUUACACAAAUCCCAACAACUGGACCCACACAGGCAGACCCAAUCGUAG